GUGGUGAAAGAAAGACUUCCUCCUCUCAUCUCGUCUCCCCUCAUAUGUAAGCGUGACACUUUCUCAUUGACGAGGCGAGCGGCCGACUGAACCAACAUUAGCUUUUAAAAUGUUAAUGCUACCGAACAGGAUCAAGCUAUGUUCUCUGGCGUUUGUCGCCGCGCGCAUGUGCAGCAGCGGCCCCGCGGCCGCCAACAAAAACCCAACGGUUUACUUUGACAUUGCUGCAGACAACCAGCCUCUCGGGAGGGUAACCUUCGAGCUCAACGCCGAAGUUGUGCCAAAGACUGCAGAGAACUUCCGAGCGCUGUGCACAGGGGAGCCAGGCUUCGGCUACAAGGGAUCCACUUUCCACAGGGUGAUCCCUCAGUUCAUGUGCCAGGCUGGAGACUUCACUAACCACAAUGGAACUGGGGGCAAAUCUAUCUAUGGAUUGAAGUUUGCCGAUGAGAACUUCAAGCUGAAGCACACUGGACCUGGCAUCUUGUCUAUGGCCAACGCUGGACCCAACACCAACGGAUCCCAAUUCUUCAUCUGCACCACUAAAACAGAAUGGCUGGAUGACAAGCACGUUGUCUUUGGCAGCGUGAAGGAGGGACUGGACGUGAUCAAGAAAGUGGAGUCUUUCGGUUCCCGGUCUGGGCGAACCUCCAAGAGGAUCACUAUCGCGGACUGUGGAGAGCUGGAGUAGACUCUGAGCUGUGGGCACGGUCGAUGUCUCGUCUCCUGCUGUUAUUCCAAUGUGAGGGAAAGGGGUCCCGGUACAGAGUGCUGCCUCUCUUUGCUGGCAAUAGAUACUUCAGGUGGCGCAUCUAACGCACUUAACUGGCAUGGUAUAAAAUGUGAAAUGACGACUUGGAUUGUAUUUGAGGAGAGAUAUAAAUACAUGAACAUACAGUGAAACAGGUUUGGAAAAGAGGCAUUAUUUUGCAAAGAAUAAAGUUGUCUUUUUUUUUUCUAAAUAUAA